GUAUAUGUAGGAUUACAGUAACAGCUGGCUCCAUGUGUGGCCGACAGCUGGAUACGCCGGUGACAGCUGGAACGAAAGGCCUGGGGAUAGAAACCGAGGAAGGUGAUUGUGUUUUCGUAUUUGCUUUAUUAUAUACACGUGUUUAAAAUGUGCAACACCUGUUGCGUGCGAGGCUGUUGGGGGCCAUUCGAGCAGAUAGGAUUGGGGAUCGUAGUUUAUCGGACCGACGUAAGAAAGCCGAAAACCGAAGGAGAGGGAUCGUAAACCCGCUCAGCCGGCCUUUCUUUUCUUUUUUUUUUCUUUUUUUUUCUCUUUUUUAGUGAAGAGAUCGUGCGUCGGUUCGAAAAAGGAGGAAAAUGACCACGGUGUUUGUUGGAAGCGCAGUUACGACCAUUUAAUUUUUUGUGGAUGAUUUCGUGUUUGUUUAGGUGUGAAGUGAUUAUCUGUGGAUGUGGUGAAUAAUAAUCUCCCCCCCCCCUACCGUGUCCAGGUGGAACGAUAUUGGUGACAUUAAGUGACACGACUCUUUCGCGAGUGCCAGAGAGUGCAUGAGGCCAAGAUGACGAGAGAGGUGCGAGAGCCGUGUGGACAUGGUGACCUGGAGGGCACCGCGUGAGGCACCCACGUGACCGCCGCCGCCGCCGUGCCGGUUGGUGCGCCUGCACGCCAGUACGCCCGUCGCCACGCCCGUCGCCACGCCCACGCCCGGCCCUCACCGCUCCGCCUCCCGCCCUCGAGCCUCGUCCGCCGCCAUCCGAAUCUCGUCCCGGCCCAGGAUGCACCGCGGUGACUCUUGCUAAAAGCCCAGAAAGAGAGGAAAAGGGAAAAGGAACAAGGAAUAUGCUCGAUGGACGCUAAGUGCGAAGCGCAGUAAACAGCUCGCCGCCCACGCUCGACGCGCCCUCCCUGACCCCCACUUGACCCCGCGCGACCCCAACCCCCCUGCGGCGAGGUCGAGGGGUCAGGAUGAGGCUGGUGGUCAGGUCCCGCAGAACCCGAGGGCUGCUGACCCUCAUCAGGUUCCUGACCGUAGGCGCCACCGUGGUGCUGGCGGUCUGCCCGGAGGAAGGAGCGUGCGGCAACCCCGACGCCAAGCGCCUCUACGACGACCUCCUCUCCAACUACAACAAGCUCGUCCGCCCCGUCAUCAACGUCACGGACCCGCUCGAGGUCAAGAUCAAGCUCAAGCUCUCGCAGCUCAUCGAUGUGAACCUCAAGAACCAGAUUAUGACGACUAACCUCUGGGUGGAACAGUUCUGGUACGACUACAAACUGAAGUGGGAGCCGUCGGAGUACGGGGGCGUCAAGAUGCUGCACGUUCCCUCGGACCACAUCUGGCGCCCGGACAUCGUGCUCUACAACAACGCCGACGGCAACUUCGAGGUGACGCUGGCCACGAAGGCGACGCUGCAUCACGACGGGCUGGUCGAGUGGAAGCCGCCGGCCAUCUACAAGUCCUCGUGCGAAAUCGACGUCGAGUUCUUCCCCUUCGACGAGCAGACCUGCGUCAUGAAGUUCGGGUCCUGGACCUACGACGGCGGCCAGGUCGACCUCCGCCACAUAGACGAGGUGGAGCACAACCCCGUGGUGGAGAUCGGCGUCGACCUCUCCGAGUUCUACAUGUCGGUCGAGUGGGACAUCCUAGCUGUGCCGGCCAUCAGGAACGAAAAAUACUACACGUGCUGCGAUGAGCCGUACCUCGACAUCACGUUCAACAUCACGAUGCGGCGCAAGACGCUCUUCUACACCGUCAACCUCAUCAUCCCCUGCAUGGGCAUCUCCUUCCUCACCGUCCUCGUCUUCUACUUGCCCUCAGACUCCGGCGAGAAGGUAAGCUUGUCUAUCAGCAUCUUACUCUCGCUCACCGUGUUCUUCUUGCUGCUAGCCGAGAUCAUCCCCCCGACGUCGCUGGUUGUACCGUUACUAGGGAAAUUCGUGCUGUUUACUAUGAUAUUAGACACGUUAAGUCUCAUACACAUUGCGAAGACUCAGUACCAGAUGGAUAAGCACCGUUUGUUUGCAAAGGCUAAGACCGGGAUGCUUAGAUCUUGCAACGGUGGAGAUAUGAGGGAUUCCUGCAACUAUUAUCCUGCUGAUACCUUCCAGGACUCCAGGGAAAAUUCAUUCAGGAGCCAUCAGGAGCUCCAAGAAGCCAUCCGUGAAGGUCUCCUGUACAUGGACCUGCCGGGGAGUCGACCUCGAUCACCACGUGGGGAAUACUCACCCAGGGAAAUAGAUGCACUGGGCAUCAACGGAGGGUGCAAGAUACAUGGUCCAGCUGCUCUUGCCGAUGACCUAGGUGUCGGCGUUGGCCUGAAUGGCAAUGUGAGCUCGCCAGGAAGGGGUCCAACUGACAACAGCGUCCAGUACUGCCCAGAAGUCACCAAAGCCUUUGAGGGCGUCAGGUUCAUUGCAGAACACACGCGUCGUGAAGAGGAGUCUGUCAGGGUGAAGGAGGACUGGAAAUAUGUUGCAAUGGUGCUGGAUCGGUUGUUUUUAUGGAUAUUCACCCUGGCAGUGUUGGUGGGCACAGCGGGCAUCAUCCUCCAGGCACCUACCCUCUACGAUGAUCGUUUACCCAUUGAUGUUCAGUAUUCAGAAAUUGUUGCUGUUGCAGAUCGCAACAUACCAAAACCAAAUAUUAAACCUAACUAGUAUAAUGACACACAGUCACACUAAGUAUUGUAGACAAUGUUGUGAAAACUAAUCCACCUCAGACUCAGAAAAAAAUAUGACAAAGUUUGUAAGGAAAGGCAACUUAAUUUUUUUUAUUGAGCAUAAGUUUGUGAAGUCAUAAUGGUUUCAAAGAGUUGAAAACAGAAAGUUUGAAUCAUUAUGAGACAUCAUGAAAAAUAGAUGGUUAGACAGAAGUUACAUAAGGUCUUAUGUAAUUUUUUAUGAUAAGCAUGUGUUAUUAAACAUGUGGAAUGUAAUUUGCUCAUAUAACCAAUCUAGUGAGACAGUGACUCUCGUGUACCAGUUUUGUAAGAAAAUAGAAAUCUUCAAUCAUAACCUGAUGUUCGCUAUGAAUAAAUUAAAAAUCCAGCAUAGCCACAACGAUACGAAAAGCUCAAAGAAGAUAAUACUCAAGCAUUCAGACGUUUUUGGUUUAAGUUUCAAUUAAUCCUGGCUAUGUGCUGGCACUGGCAUCCUCUGUUUUUACCUCUGCACAAGGACCCUUACAGAGAUCAUUGCUCAACUGCUUAAAAAUGGAGCAGCCAUUGUAUGAAGUUUGCUUUGAUAACUUAUGGAAAAGAUGUGUAGAUCAUAAAAAACAGUGAAGACAAUGAUAAAUUGAUCCUAGCAGUGACAGUUUAUAAAUCAAGGAAAAGGACAUUUCAAAUUUUGAAAAGAAUGAAAGCAGAAUUGGAGAUGCAGCUGCUUUUCAGAGGAAAGCAGAUUUUCUUCUUUCCAGGGUAAGUUUCUUGCAUGGCAAAUUUUACUCCUAAAGGUUCUGUUGUGAGUUUUUCAAGAAACCUUGGUCUCCUAAGCAAUGGAAAUAUGUAAGGGCAAGAAAUCAGUACCGGUAACUUUUUCACUUAUGUAUGUUUGUGAGAUGUACGUAUUUUAUAAUUAUGUUCUACCAUUUGUAUACUGUAAAUACAAAUUACUCCAAGAAAUGUAGGUAUAGAUGAGAGGAGAUUCUGAAUUAGUCAAGGAAAAUUCCCUUGAUCAGAUGGAUAUUGUAUGCUCUUUUCAUGACUUUUGGCUGCCUCACCCAGAAUAUAACUGUCCAGUCUCUGAGAACUAUUGGGUAUCCAUCUGAAUAAGAUAUAUAUCUUAUUCUAAAGGAAAGGAGUGAAUUGUAAAUAUUGUAAUGUAGCAAUACUGGUGCAUACAUGUUGGUGCCAAGAAAACUUGCAAGACUUGUAAUAGGUGGGCACUGAAUGGGUUUUACCAAAGGUGAAGAUAUUUUUCUGAAAGUAUGUCCCAUUUUGAGAUAGUAUAUACUGCAUGAAAAUUUAGGAUUGCAUAAUGGUUUACUUUAGACAAGUCAGUUAGAAGCAAAUUAUAGAGAAAUGUAUAAUUUGUUGCUGCAAGUGUUCUUUCUUCUAAAAGCACAAUAUCAGUGUUCCUGGUAAAGACAGUAUUGUCCAUGACAAAAAAAAGUAACAGUAGAGAUUACUUGAAAUGUAUAAUUUUGCUUGUAACUGUCUUUUAAAAUUCUUUUUCCAGUAAAAUUAUAUUUGUAAUUCUUAGCAAUAUGAUGAACUGAGGCACAAGAAAUCCAAAUGUUAUUAGAAAUAGAUAACAGAAUUUUUGCUUUAAGGGUUUUCUAACUAUAACAAAAUACAUAUCUGUUAUUCAUAAACUCUAUUUUCUUGCAUUGUAAAGCCUUAUUUGAUAUUUCUCACUAAUUUGAUGGUUUGUGAUUAGCCUUCAUAAAUCAUAUAUCAUGUACCAUACUAAAUUAUUGGAUUUCAGAGCUACAAUGAGUAAAUUAUUCAAAUUUAUGUCUUUGUAUUCCAUUUAUAUACUACCAUGAACCAUUCUGCUAUUUUGUUUAGGUCUGAGGUAUUGUUUAGGUCUGAGGUAAAAGCAUUGACUUUUCUGAAGGAUAGAAUGAAAUACUCUUUAAAGCAUCUAUUUUAUCUUGUAAUAAUGCAUAUGUAAUUGUUAGGAAAAUGCAGAAUCAUUUUAUGAUUUGAGCUGAGUCUAUUAACCCAACAGUGCCCGUUAAUCACACUGUCUAUUGCCAUUUUCUUUUGUGAAUUCCGUUUGCACCUCGACGGCUGCACAAGUGCUCAGCAUCAGGGAGCCAAUUGGUAAACCUAUGUCCCCUCAGCUGAUUUCCCCUUUUCUUGAGCUUUGGGAAAAUAUUUUUUCCUAAAACUAUAAUUGAGGAAAAGGGUAAACAGGUGAGUUAGAUAGCAUUAGUAAUUGACUCCUUGGUCAAGUACGUGUGGAGUCAUCUAUGUGUAGGACAAUCAAUAAACAAAAAGAUACAGUGGAAAUGGCAUGUGUUCUUGCCAUCCUGGCAACAAUGGGUUAACACAAGGAUAAUCAGUAUUGUGAUAUGCUUGGGAAAAACUUAUAGAUUUGAAACCCUAGUUGAUGAGUGGAACACUAGCUAAGAAUAUACAUCAAAAUACAUUUA